AAAUAAGAUCUUUAAAGAGACGGCAGCAGCUUAGAAGCCUCUGUUGUCUGUGAGUGUCCUGCCCCACACCCAGGGACCGGGGACAGCCCUGAUGGCCCUGACCACUGCCUUAGUCUCAAGGGCAGCUGUACUGGGCUGGGGUGGUGGAGGGAGGAACUGAAUCAACCAACGGAAAUGACUGUGAACUGGCUUUCACAUCCUCUAUCCACCAACUCCCGGGACUGAAAACGCAACAGAAACAAAAAAGCGGCCACCGUUCUUUCUAAGUAGCCAGGAGGGCACCAGCGAUGGGCAGUGUGCCUCCCCCUAGCAUCGAGCAAAGAGCCGAGACCCUGCUGUGCCUGUCCCCUGCCGAAGUCGCGGACCUCCAGGAAGGAAUCAAUUUUUUCCGAAACAAGAGCACCGGCCAAGACUACAUCUUCUUUAAGAACAAGGGCCGCCUGAGAGCAUGCAAGAACCUGUGCAAGCACCAAGGGGGCCUGUUCAUCAGGGACAUCGAGGACCUGGACGGCAGGUCUGUCAAAUGCACCAAGCACAACUGGAAGCUGGACGUGAGCACGAUGAAGUACAUCAACCCGCCAGGCAGCUUCUGCCAGGAUGAGCUGGUGGUUGAAAUGGAUGAAGGCAAUGGCCUCUUACUGCUCGAGCUGAACCCUCCCAACCCAUGGGACGCGGAGCCCAGAGCCCCUGAGGAGCUGGCCUUUGGGGAGGUCCAGGUGACUUACCUGACGCACGCCUGCAUGGACCUCAAGCUGGGAGACAAGCGCAUGGUGUUCGACCCCUGGCUGACGGGCCCCGCCUUCGCCCGCGGGUGGUGGCUGCUCCACGAGCCGCCGGCCGACUGGCUGGAGCGGCUGUGCAGGGCCGACCUCGUGUACAUCAGCCACAUGCACUCGGACCACCUGAGCUACCCGACCCUGAGGAAGCUGGCGGCGAGGAGGCCAGACAUCGCCAUUUACGUGGGCAACACGGAACGGCCUGUGUUUUGGCAUCUGCCCCAGAGCGGCGUCCAGCUGACCAACAUCAACGUGGUGCCGUUCGGGAUCUGGCAGCAGGUAGACAAGAACCUUCGGUUCAUGAUCCUGAUGGACGGCGUCCACCCUGAGAUGGACACCUGCAUCAUCGUGGAGUACAAAGGGCACAAAAUACUCAACACCGUGGACUGCACCAGGCCCAACGGGGGCAGGCUGCCCACGAAGGUCGCUCUGAUGAUGAGUGAUUUUGCUGGAGGAGCGUCGGGCUUUCCCAUGACGUUCAGCGGCGGAAAAUUCACUGAGGAGUGGAAAGCCCAGUUCAUCCGAGCCGAGCGGAGGAAGCUGCUGCACUACAAGGCGCGGCAGGUGCGGGACCUGCAGCCCCGCGUCUUCUGCCCCUUUGCUGGGUAUUUCGUGGAAGCGCACCCGUCGGACAGGUACAUCAAGGACACAAACAUCAAAAAUGACCCGAGCGAACUCAACAACCUCAUCAAGAAAAGCUCCGAAGUGGUGACAUGGACCCCCCGCCCCGGAGCCACCCUGGACCUGGGCCGGAUGCUCAAGGACCCGACAGACAGCAAGUGCAUCACAGAGCCUCCAGGGGGCGCCAAAGUUUACAAGGACACCUGGGACUUCGGGCCGUACCUGGAGGUCCUGAAUGCUUCUGUGGGAGACCCCGUGUUCCAGCACCAGGCCUGGAUCCAGGAGUACUUCACCUGGGCUGGAUUUAAGGAUUACAACCUGGUGGUCAGGCCCAGACUUUUCCUAAGGACCUUGAUGAACCAGACUGACGCGUGUCCGCCCUUCACCACGCUGUCCUUCCCCCAGAUGAUCGAGACGGACGAGGACUUCAGCCCUUUGCCGGGAGGAUAUGACUACUUGGUUGACUUCCUAGACUUGUCCUUUCCCAGAGAAAGACCAAGCCGGGAACACCCGUACGAGGAAAUCCGGAGCCGGGUGGACGUCAUGAGACACGUGGUGAAGAACGGCCUGCUGUGGGACGACCUGUACAUAGGGUUUCAGACCCGGCUGCGGAGGGAUCCGGACAUAUACCACCACCUGUUCUGGAACCACUUUCAGAUAAAACUCCCCCUCACGCCUCCCAACUGGCAGUCCUUCCUGGUGCGCCAGGAGGGGCCCGGACUGAAGACGUCCCCGGCCAGGCCUCCCGCAGGCGUGGGGAACACUGUCGCCUGUGCCCCGUCGGACUCCCUGGGGCACCCAGACUGAGGAGGAGGGUGCCUCUCAGGAAGCCUGCCCCCGGGGGGAAGGAGAAGAGCUAACAUUUCGCAGAUGCAAUGAGUAGUGAGGACAUCCAGCCCCAGUCCGUGGACCCGCUAGCCUGGUUGGGCGAGCACACAACCAGUGAAAACAUGACAGAGAAAAUCAUCACCGGCAGCCGGUGAGCACUCAGAACGAGACCCUGACCACACGAAGAGAAAUGACCGGAGAAACCCGGAGAGCAAGAGAGCGACAACAGAGAGACACGGAGACACCCCCACCUGCACCAUCGUGGGCCUCCCCUGCCGCCCGCCUGCCGCCCCGCCUGCCGCCCGCCUGCUGCGGCUUCAUUAACCAAACUGCCCCCCUGCUGUCCCACACUCGUGACCAGGAAGAUCACGUAGUGUGACUGCAAGACGAGAAUUCCUCGACUCACACCUUCGUUUCCGUGUUUACCCACUUACCCCCCAGGUGGCCGUUGCCUCUUCCUCGCGGACUCUGAAUUUCUGCAAAGCAGACACGCUUGCCCUUGAGACCUGGGCACGCGCGUCUGUGUUCAUAACCGGCCUCCAGGGAAGAAAGAGCAAGCGAACGCUGUCUCCCGCGGUCAGCGGGACUUGCGUCUGAACUAGCGUCAGCAUCCGCACCAGCAGAACUGAGGACCUAGGUGGGACACUCUUUGCAGCCGGGAAGCUCCCUGCUUGAGCCCAGCAUGUGGCGCUGGGCUGAGCCGCCCCCAGGCCGGAGGGGUGCCAUGGGUGUCCCCAUAGGACACGAUGGCAAGGCAGAUGUGGGCUGGGGACACUGGGGAAAGAGAGGUUCCAUUGGACCUUCUGAGAGGACCAGGAAGAGCAUUACAUUCAGGGGGUACUUCAGGGCAGGUGGGGUGUUAAGAGAGUGUCUUGAAGAUUGGGUGACGUGGAGGGGAGGGGUGGUGAAAGGAAUAUUUCAGGCAGACAGACUGGGUGAGGGGACCAAAGUCUUAGUCCCCAGUGGGUUCUCGCUGACCUUGCAGCAUCAUGGACUAUAUAAUUGGAACUCAAGAAUAAAAACAGCCCAGGCUGA